UUAAGAGGCAUUUGGUACCAAAGUUCAAGGAUUCUCAAGAGCGCACUCAUCAAGGAAAGGCUAGAGCGCUUAGGGAGUUUGAAAGGCUGAAAUGAUUUGAUAAUAUUUGGACUCCAUUGAAAAGAAAUGCAAAUUGAAUGUUGAAAGGAUCAGCCAAAUAAUUUAAGUGUCUAUCGAAAAUUAGAGAAGAACACAAUUGAAGAGGAUGGCAGAGAGCAAGACAAGCAUCAACUCAAAGGGAGGGGCCAAUGUGUUCACUAAACAGGUCCAGAAAAAAAUCAACAGAGCGCAGGAGAAGGUGUUGCAGAAGCUUGGUAAGUCAGAUGAGACCAAAGAUGAGCUCUUUGAGCAGUGUGUGAUAAACCUCCAAGACCAGCAGAACGAUGCAUACAGAAUACACAAGGACCUGAAAGCGUAUCUGAACGCUGUCAGAGUAAUGAGGGAUGCCUCAAGUCGGCUGUUUCAUUCACUCAAUGAAGUUUAUGACCCUGAGUGGGACGGUGCAGAGGAUCUUGUGGCAGUUGUGGAGGGUGAAGAUUUUCAAUGGAAUGACUAUGAGUCCAAGCUGCAAGAUCAGGCGUUACUCACCAUGAAUUCUUACAUGAGCCAGUUUCCAGAUGUCAGGGAAAGAGUGGCCAAGCGAGGCAGGAAACUCGUAGACUAUGAUUCCACUCGCCACCACCUGACAGGACUGAAGAAUGCCAAAAAGAGGGAUGACAUAAAAAUAGGCAAGGCAGAGGAUGAGAUGAAUGCAGCCAAGAUGAUCUUUGAGGACAUAAACAGGGAGCUGAAGGAGGAACUGCCAAUUUUAUUUGACAGUCGCAUUGGAUGCUAUGUCACAGUCUUCCAAGCCAUUUCCAACCUAAGAGACAUCUUCUACAAGGAAAUGACCAGGAAAAAUCAGGAUCUACAGACUGUGAUGAAAGAGCUGAUGGCCCAGCAUCCAGGCAAGAGCUUUGUGGUGAAGAACUUCAACCGCUCAGGUUCACUGAAGAGAAGGUCACUUAGAGAAGCUUUGUCCCCGAAGUCACUUAAAAGCUUUUAUGAUUUCCACACAAGUUACAGCCCCAGGGGCUCUCUCAGGAGAGACUGCUCUUCCAGUUUUAAGUCUGACAGACCAACAUAUGAGUCAUACAGCCCUACACAGACCAGCCCCAUCCACCCCCUACCCCAUUAUGAGAACGCCCCGGGUGCCAGGGAUACAGAAGCCAGCUCUGUAAACACAGACCAUCCUUCAGAGGAUGUCAUCCCUUCUCAUGAGCCACAGGUGGAUGACACCAGCUCCUCUGAAGAUAAACCAGUAGAGGAGGAGAAGAAAGCCGAGAAGAGAGAGUCUUUACCCGCCUCAGAUCAAGACAGACAGAGAGACAGCCCUGUGUCAAAACACGACUCAUCUUCUGAGGACAAAAGUGAUGAGAGUGAACUGCAACCAAACUCGAAUCCCACCGAAUGCGCCAAGAUCAAAGCAACCACAGCCCCUGAUGGCUCUCCAGAGCCUGAGAAGGUGGAGAACCCUAGGUCUUCUGGUGUGGAGAAUGGCAUAGCUCUUGACAGUCUGUUAGAUGUGGAACAAACAGGAGCUUCUAGCAAAGCUGUUCACAAGGGCAACCAUUCAUCAGAAGAAGGGAAGGAGGACACCCCUAAAUAGAAGACAAAAGGAAAGAUGCAGAGUGUUUUGGCAAUACACUGGAACCUGCAAUCUGCCGAUAAAUGUAUAACUUUCAAAAUGCUGUAUAACUGCACUCGUAAUUUUUUCACCCCUAUUUGUUUAUCUGUAGAGAAAAAUUCAGGUUCUUUUUAAAAUUGUCAUUUUUAAUUCAAUGUACAGUUUAUUUGAGUUUAUAAUUGCUUUUCUGUCUUAAUGUCACCUGAUUUUCACCAGUGGUGGGGUUCUUAUUUCAGUUUUUUAGCCUAAUACUCUUCAUUUGAGAGUCAUUUAUGCUUAAUGUAUUUAAUAAUUGACAAGAUUGUCAUGUAGCUAUGCUGCAAACAAAUAGAAACAUUUAGAAUGGAAAUCAUUAUAAUGACCCAUCAUUAAAUUACUUUUAAUAAAGGCUAAUUUUUUAUUGCA